UCAUCUCUUGCUCUUGGGCUGUUUCCCACUACUCGAUCGAUCUCUUUCUCUUUCACUCUCCCCAUAUAUCUCUCUUUCACUUUUUAAUUAAAUUAGCUUCACUUCAAGCAACCAAGCUGUCCCUUGUUGGAACCUCUGAAACACACACACUGUAUAUCCUCCCGAUAUGUAUAGCAUAUCUAAACCCUAGCUAGCUAGCUAAUUAAUUCUUCCAUUAUAUUCACAAAUUAAUUAAAGGUAUAUAUGUGCAUGCUAGCUUAUGUUCCGGCCACUUCUUCUACUACUUAUAAGCAGGGUUUAGUUAAUCAAGAAAUUACUUAAUGGAGAUGAGUAGUGGGACUGACAAAGAGAUAAGAACACAGAUAUCUUCAUCACUUGCAUACAACAGCAACAGCCACCACUUGGUUCGUGAGCCAGCAUCUUUAGAAACCAUGGACCAUGGAUCAGACCCAGAUGAUCGGUUUGGUGGAUCUGGAGCUUCGGUUACACCAAUAUCAGUCGGAUCUAGGCUGUUGAAGUCACCCCUACAUCAGCCGCCUCUAGUACGGUAUCGAGAGUGUUUGAAAAACCAUGCCGCAAGCAACGGAAGGAAUGUCACUGACGGAUGUGGCGAGUUCAUGCCUUCAGGAGACGACGGAACCCUUGAAGCGCUCAAAUGUGCCGCCUGUAAUUGUCACCGUAACUUCCACCGCAAAUUAGUAACUAAUGCCACCAUCCCAGUUGGACCCUUUCUUGCGCUCCCGCCUCCGCCAUCACCAUCCCCUUCAUCGUUUUUCAACCAUCAUCCGAAUUGGGCAUCUUCCAUCAAUACUCCGAGGAGCGGAUCUACAUAUUCGCCACACCCAAUGAAGAUUGCAACGGGAGAAAGCGGUGGUAACAUUAAUGCUACGGGGGAAUCUUCAAGCGAAGAGCUGCAUUUCAUCGCAGGAGGAGGAAUGCUGCCAUACGGAAUGACAAAAAAGAGAUUCAGAUCCAAGUUCACUCAGGAACAAAAGGAGAAAAUGCUGGAAUUUGCAGAAAAAGUGGGGUGGAGAAUACCAAGAGAAGAUGAUCCACAGGUUCAAAGUUUUUGCUCAGAAGUUGGAGUUAAACGACAAGUUCUCAAAGUCUGGAUGCAUAACAAUAAAGCCGUUUCAGCUGGAAAGAAGCAACAGCAGCAGCAGCAGCAGCAAGAUUCCACUAUUGAUGAUCAUGAAACAACGUCGACUAUUGAUUGAUUGAUAUGAUUGAUUGAUUGGUUGAUAAUGUAAGGUACAUGCAAUAAUCUUCUCUACGCAUAAUGCAGUAGAAUGUUGUAGCUAGCUAGUUAGCUACCUAGGUGUAGUGUAUCAUAUUGUAUGUGCUUUUAAUUGUGUUUUCUUUUUAUAUAUGUUCUAUUGUGAUGAUUUUAUGGAGUUCGAAUCUUUAUCUAUACAUUUUGUUUAUUAAA